AUGGCUGACGAAGGCGUAAGCAAACCCGAUUCCGAUGAAAUAAAGCCUAUAAAAAAUGCUACUGCUUUAGUACCAGAUGACAAGAUGAGACAAGACAGAACACAGAGACCAAAAAAGGUAUCCAUAUUUUAUUCAUUAAAUUGUGUUAACAAUUUAAUUUAGCUCCUACCACGAAUCAUAUGUUGAUUGAGAUUGUCUUAGAAUUUUAUUUCAAAAUAUUUGGUUGAUGAUAAUUAAAUUAAUGAUAUUAUUAUUAUUACUAAUACUAAUGACUGAUAAUGACACUCAUGGCACUAAUGACAGCCCAACUGAUAUCGAUAUAGUUAAUAUAAUUACAGGCAGACUGCAAUGCAUCCUUAAGUCUAAACAUGUACACAGUACUGUCAGUAUAGACUGUGUAGUGACGUUAACCCUCUUAAGAUGGCUGGGCCGAUCUAUGGCCCCAGAGUCAAAUGGCUGAAAAGACGAAAGGCAGAUCCCUAAUAAUAAAAUUCUCAAAAUUGGCUGGAUGCUCUUACUCUUUGCACCUGAUAAUCAGAUUGCUUCUCUAAUAAUUACUAAUUACUUGCUCAUCACGCAAUUUUAAUGGUUGCUUCCAUUGUCAUGGUUGAUAGUUUACAAGUGUUUUGUCAUUUAAAAUCUAAUUUUUGUGUGUGUAUAUGAUGACCCCUUUUUAAAAGAUGUGACCUUGAAAUAUGCCAAAAAGACACGUGCAGCCCUAGGGGAAUAUUUUAUGCAGUUUUUUCACAUUGAAUUUCGUUCAAAUGUUUGUUUUGAAAAUCAUAAAAUUUAACAAAGUUCUGCAAGUAAGACAUGCUUAUACUACAUUUAAACAACAAUUGCAAGCAUAAAUUAUGCAAAUCAGGAUAUCUCAUAUGCUUCAAUGAUUAGAUUUCAGUUUGAUUCAUAAAGAUUGCAAUAGUUAAUUCAAUUCCCUACAAGAAUACAUAGUUAAUUUUAAUUAAUUUUUCUGCAAAGUCAGUGUAGGGCUUGUGAAAAUGUCUCCAUCUUCUUGGCACCGACAUCCCAAAAUUUUUGUCUCAAGAGGGUUAAAUUAAUUGCGCUCAUCCCCAUUCCUCUGGUAACCUUGGCUUUGGUAAAAUAUAAUUUAAAGGAAUUUAAUCAUUUUUUUUCAACAUUGAAAUCUAAAUAGCACUUUAAUUUGAUUUUAUGCAUAAAAUUGGAUUUUUUUCCUUGAUGCGUCCAUAACUUUUUUGGUCCAUUUUUUUACCUUCCUUCUCCCCCCUUUUUCAUCAGAAAUCAUCAUGAAAGAAUUUAAAAAUAGACACCCUCGUUACAAUAUCGUAAUGUUCUCAUAUACAGAAUCUAUACAUUAGUACAUUAAAAAAGAUCAAACUUUCAUACCCCAUCCACUGCUGCCAAGGCUUUGCGAAGGAUGAUAAUGGGGACACCAGCCCAAGGCGUCAACCUUAAGAGGGAGACAAAAUCUCCUUUUUCCAUGUAAAAAUGUGUUAUUAUUACAUAGUUUUUUGGAUGACAUAACCUUCUGCCUAAUUAUGUCACAAGUUACAUCACACAGUCACAUGCACAAAAACAUUGGCACCCUAAGGUUUCCAAAGUCGGAUUCUGACAAGCUUGGCCAGUCUUAACCAGUUUUCUUGGAAGUGGAUGAGAUGUUUUUUUGAAAUUAUUUAUCUUAUCCACACUGGGGGCUGGAAAUAGGUUAUGUGAGCUUUUCUUGGAAUUACCUGUUUUCCGGAUUUUCCAACAUUUUUGUUAAAAAUGCUCUGAUGUCAACUCUGAUGACCAUCCAUGCUGGACCUGGACCUGACUGUAAAAGAAAAUUCUGUCAGUCAGUAAACUCCUGAAAAAACCGGUUCAACUGGUCAAGUUUUCCAGAAUCUGAUCUGGCAUCUUUGGAAGCCUCAGGGUGCCAAAUUUUGUCACUGUACCAAUAUUGCAUCUUGAAAAUUAUUGAUUGAUAAUUAAAUACGCUAAAAUGAUAGUGGAUGUUUGGAGAUAUAAUUUUAUUCUCUAAAAUGAUACUUUACCCUCUGCUUCUUUUACUGUUGCAUAUAAGGCACCAUAAUUAUAUAUAAGGACACAAAAAAGAUUGAUUAUUCACAAUAUUGCAAUCUGAUGACAAUGUUUUGUUACGCGUGAACGGGCCAAAAGUAUAAUUUAAAAAAAAUCAUUACAUGGUAAUAAAAAGAUGGUAAUCUUUCAUUUUAGUGCAGAUCAAUGCAAAUGUAAAAACAUUUUUUUUUGUUUUACAGCUUAUUUUUUAAAAUAUAAAUAAUCAACUUAUUUUAUUCUUAGCUCUCUGCAGUCCGACUAUAGAGAAAUGGUACUUAUAUGUACCAUAGAUUUUGUGGGUGGGUUAUUUAUUUUUUAACUUUUUUUUUUAUUGCAAAAAAUUAUUUAUUAUAUUUUAAUAAUUUGUUUCAUUGGUCUAAGUAUUUGUAAAAAAAUUAAAAUUAUUACAAAAUUUGAAAUUACUAUUUAAAAAAAAUAUUUUUGGAAACUUAUUCAGCGCGGAGUAUCCCUUGAAAGCUUCGCAGAUUUCCAAAAAAACAAAAAAUAUAAGUGUCACAAAAAAAAUUAAAUAGUAGUAUGAAUAUUGUCAAAUGAUUUUAAUUUCCCGAUUUAUCAAGGAGUUAUUUGUUUGUCUAAAGCAAUGUAUCCAAAUGGAGACUCUAAUCAUGAAAUUUAUCACGAUUUGCAUAUAAAAGUACCGACUAAUGCUAUCGUAAACAAGUAAGCUUAAUUUUAAUUAUCAUUUCCCGACUUUAAAAUUAAUAAUAAAACAAUAAAGUGAUAUUUUUAUAAUUUUAAUUGGCUGAAGUAUAUAUUAUCCAUUUAUACUUACAUUGAUAUAUUCUAUUUGAAUUUUAUUGAGUUUCAAUAAUUAUAUAAUAAAUAUAUAGCGUCGCUAUGCGAAAUAAAUAUUUAAAAAAAAUAGCGGAAAAUUUCGGCCGAUGGGAACUUGCGUAAUUAAAUAAAUUUAAAGUUAAGGACUUCUGAGUUAUUAACUAAAUAUAUUUCUUUAAAAUAUGUUACAGCCAAGAAUAAUCUUCUAAAUUUUCUAAUAUUGCAUAGUAGAAAUGUGUUUAAAUUUAAUUAUCAUUAUCGCUAGUCACUAGUAUUAGUAGAGACUACUGUCGGCAGAAUAAAAAAAAAAACAUUUAUGUUUUUAUUAAAAGCUCUCUAACUCUAUUGGGAAGGAGGAGAGAGAGACAAAAAUGCAAAUAUUGGAUCAAGAAGCCCUUAUUCCUUAUUGAUCCUAAAUAUUAAGCCUGGACUCCACCCUUUUACUGAGUUACAGAGUUACUGGAUGGAUAUCUUUGAAGAUUUUACCCUAAAAACAAGUGGUGGUAAGUUUUAAUCUAAUCACUUGGUAGCAAAAUGCAUAAAGAAUAAACUCACAAUAUUGUUAUAACAUAUGUUAUAAUGUAUUUUCUAUGUACAAUGGUUUACUUUUAUACUAAUUUAGGCACUUGGACUAGGAUUAAUGGUAUUUUCCCUUACUGAUAGCAUACCAUUACUGAUACCAUUAGUGUUAAUUUAUUUAUGAAUCAAUCAAAUUUUUUUUUCCACAGGUUCUUUAUUGAGUGAAUAUUCUGUGGUGAAAAAUCUUACCUAAUCUUAUGUAGAAAUCAAGUCCAGGACAAGCUCUUAUUUAUCAAAUAUAAUUAUUAUAAUAAAACUGCAGACUGUUUUAAGAAAUAAUAUUUGUUCAGAGUCCAUAAAUAUAAUUAAGGAAUACUGUAGUUUAUCAGCCUGUGUUAUGUGAGGAUUAUAACAAAGAUAUAUAAAAAUGCCGGUACAUGGGAAAAAAUAGAUCACAUUAGUGAGGAAUGGAUUGUAUUUGACAUUAAUAUCAAAAUUAGCAUUAUUGUACUGAUACAUUUUAAUUUUUUUUAACUUUAACAUCAGCGAAUACCGCUAUUUUAAAAUUAAAAAAAAAAAAAUUGACUCUUGUUUUGAGUUAUUUAUAUAUUCAUCAAAUUUUACUUAGUCAUCUUUUACUCAAGAAUUAUUAAGAAAUAUAUUUAAUAUACAAAUCUAUAAGCUAUGAGACCCAUUUUUUAAAAUAUAUUACAUACAAAACAUAAUUUUCAUUAAAAGAAAAAUUAUAGUGCAUUUUUUAGGAAAAAAAGACAAAAUAUAGGUUUUGCUAAAAUGUUGACAACUUUUUGAUUGUUCAAAGAAUUUUUGUCAUGUUUGACUAUGAAUUGUAUAAGUUGAUGAAGUAUUUUAUUUAAAUAAAUUUUAAAUCUUUUAUAACAAGGAUUUUUUUUUUCCUUCAUACUGUGUAAAGAUUUGGUCAAAUUUUUGCAUAAAAUGAAAAAAAAUAAUUCUCCAAUAAUGUUUCAAUUAUUUUUAUAACUAAGAAAAUAAAAUAUACAAAAAAUAUCUAAUGAUAGCUGAGUCAAAGAUGAACAAGUUAAUAUAUUUAACUGAUCAGAUCAGAGCUAUUUCAGAUCAGUUAAUUAAUUAUUUUAAAAAAUCACAUUAAGAUUUUUAAGAAAUGUGAAAAAAACGUCAGACUGCAGAGAGUUAGAAGGAUUUUAUAAGUUAAAUACCAUCUUUAAAAAAGAAAAAGAAAAAAAAGUCAGACAAAUUGUGCAAAAAAAAAAAAUAAAGUACACCUCCUGCAUUCGUUGUUAUUCGUGCCACCAUUAUGGUAACAUGGAGAAUUCAGAAACUCUGCCUACAUGUGUAAAUAGUUACAUCGAAGUAUCAUUUGAUUCAAUGUUGGCCUUGAUAAACGCCUAAUUAAGGUGAUAAAGGUAAUAAUUGUGAAACUAGGCAACUGCUUAAGGGACCAGUUCACUAUUUAUGUAAUAUAUAAACACAAUUUCUUAUAAUCGUCUCCAAUUCAUUUUAACAUAAUUCCUUUACAAAAUCAUACAAGGAUUUACAAUAAUUUUUAAGCAGGACUUCUGUAAAUAUGUCAUUGAACAGGAAGUCAAAUUUUUAUAUGUUUUUCUAUUAAUUUUUUUCUGUUUACAGACUCAUCUUUUACAAUGGAUGGAAAUAACGGUAACAGAACCAGAGAAAAAGACCAUAGCAUCCAUGAAAAUGCAGGAUACAUUUGUUGUUUAUCUUAUUGAGACAAGGUAAAUGUGUAAGAGGAGUAUACUUUGAAUUUUCCAUUUAUAGAAGUCACAUGCAUUGUUAAAAAUCUUCAUAAAGUCUUUAUUUGAAAACCAUAGCUGUAAAUUCUUCAAUUAUAAAGCUGUAAUCUUACUAUGCCACUCACAGCAUUGGGGGAUUUAUCCUUAAAUAACUUAAUUUUGGCUAAAGAAAAUAUUUAUUUUGUGUCAUUCUUAUAUUAAAGUUUGGUCAUGUAAUAUUUUAAGGGUAACAGAUGAAAAUAUGCAAGGUUAUGGAGAGGGUGCCACCUCUGUAUGGAGAAGAUAUAGUGAGUUUGAACUUUUACGCAACUAUUUAGAUGUCACAUUCCCAGCUGUGAUUGUCCCUCCACUUCCAGAGAAAAAGGUGUGUAUAAUUAAUAAAUAUUAAAAUUGUUUAGUUUAUUUCAUCAACAAUUUAAUGAAUAUUUAACUAAUCUGUAAUUUUUAUCUUUAAUUGAUUGCUAAAAAAAAAAGGGGAAUUCGUUUAAAAAUUAAAGUAAAAAAAAAAUGAAAUUGAGAUGGAAUUUUAAGGUGUUGAGGGCUUUUAAAAAAAAAUUAUAUUUUGAAAUUUACCGCUAUUGCAAUUGAAAUCGACCACUAGCUUUACUUCUAAAGAUUUAAAUAUAUUAUCAAAUACUUUUUGCACUUUGAUAACUAUCUUGUCUUUUUAUUAUCUUUAAUAUCAUUUUAUUUUAAUGUAAACUAAUUUUCUAAAGUUCAUUUAAAUAAUUUUUUUUUUUUUUCCAGACAACAUAUGCCUGGCAGAAUGUGUCUAUGGAUCGAUUUGACCCAGAUUUUAUUGAGCGUCGAAGAGCUGGACUUGAGGUAAUGUUUUAAAGCUUGAAAAUCAAAAGACUUUUUACUUUAUAUAAUUUUAUCUUAGUCAUAUCAAAGUCUUUAAAGAUUAAGCCAUUUUUGUCAUAAAGAUACAAAAUAAAAAUAUUUUUAAAAAGUGAUAAUGUUUUUAAUCUUUCAGAUCUUCCUGCUUCGUUGUGCUGCCCAUCCUAAGCUUUGCCAAGACAAAAUCUUUAUGGGAUUUUUACAACAGGUUAGCUCUUACAAAUAUGGAGGAGAUAUAUUUUUAGAAUCUUAUCAGAAAGUUGGAUCUUUCUUAAAAAAGAAGAUUUGAAAAGCAUUUGAUUUUAGUGUACAUAUUUUUUUGUAACUAUUUAGGCUUUAUUAUUUAUUACUCAGUGAUAAUAAAUGUGCUUGUAACUGUAGCAUCUGCAUAAUAGCUGUAUUUAUAUCUAGAUUUAAACAUGAAUCAGAUUUUAGAUGACCAAGUUAAGUGCUUCCCUAUAGAAAAUAACAUAUUUUGAUAUUUGGUAUAGGAACAAGGUUGGCGGGAUACAGUGAAUGCAACAGACUUCUAUAGCAAAGUAAGUAAUAUCAUAAUUUCAAAACCUCAAGAAACUUUAAAAUUAGUUAAUAUCCUUCAAUUACCUAGAAGGCUUCAUCAGAACAAAUAGCCCUACUCGAUAAUCAUAAUUUCAAGGAUUUUGAUAUGCAUUUAUUCAGAGACUAAUAUUUCUAAUAUACUUGUAACUUUUUUGUGUACUUCAUUGGGAAGUAACAUUAUUUAUAAAUUGAACCCUGGGGAUGUAAUACAGAUUUUGUUGAACAAUUAUUUUGUUGUUAUUUAAUUGAACUAUACUAAUUUUAAUUAUCUGUUAAUAAAUCAUGUUGAUAAAAUAGUGUGCUUCAUUGUGUCUAUAACUUUUUAAGGGAACUAUGAAAUAUUUGUAAAAAAAAUUUUUGCCACAACAGGCUGAGUCCAGAUUAAAAUCCCUAAAUGCACAGUUUAGGCUCAAAAAGUCAGACAGGUAUUUUGCUUUAAUAUUGUAAUAUAGAAAAAUAUGAAUUGUUAGAAUAAUCUCUGCCAAAAGCUACCAUUUCUGUUUACAGCUUUAAGCAAUUCAGAUAUAAUUGAAAUAAAGUUCUGAUCUAUUUCAUAAGCAAGGAAAUCAGUUGCUUAAUUAGCUAUUAUUUUUUUCUUUAAAGCUAAUCAAAUGAUGUUGUUUUUUUUUUAUCCUCGCAAGUUAAACACAUUUUAUAUGAUUUUUGUUUCUUUUUUCAUUAAAAAUCUCAUUUAUGUCUACAGACGCUUUGAAGAACUGAAAAACUAUUGCACAGAGCUACAGAGUAAUAUAGGGAACAUUCUUAAGAUUCGAGCUGUAAGUUCUUUCAAUUUGAAUCCAUUUUGUAUCCAUUUAUAAUUAGUUGCUCACUGUUAAUCUCUUUGGAUCUUUUUUUUUUUCCAUGUGAUCUAAAUAAUUUUAGAUGCAACUUUGUUUCAGCUAAUUAACUUAUGCUAUUUUUGUUUGAAAAUAACCUGCACACUACUCUUCUAGCGUCUAUGUGAUAAACUAUAUGGCAUACACAAGGUCCAUGGUAACUAUGCUCGUGUGUUUAAUGAAUGGAGUGCAAUAGAGAAAGACAUAGCAGAACACCUACAGAGUGCCAGCCAUUACAUGGAUGUGUAGGUUACUUUUAUAUUUUAACUUUUGAGUAUUGUAAAAAAAAUUGUAUGUUCUUUUCAGAGAAACUUAUCUUCAUUUUAUUUUAAAAAUAAAUUUUUUACUGUACAAACUGAUGUCACUGCAUUAUAAGAGAUUCUCUAUAUUAUGUGAUUUACCAUUUAUUGGCACAGAAAUUAGGAAAGCCAUUAGAAAAUGCUUGGUUUAAAAAAUGUAUUUAAUGGGUAACCAAGCUUUUUUUUUUACCUUUCUUGAAGAGCAAAAAUUUUCAGUUUUAUAUUUUGAAAAAAAAUAUGUCAAUUGUUUUAGAACUUAAUAAUGCUGUUAACCAACCACCAAUCAGUCCUUUUUUGGUGGGUAUUCAUACUAGUUAAAAUGAUUUAGAUAAAAAUAUUUUAAAAUUAAAACUUCACUGAUUAUUAUUGAUAUCUGUUUUCUUCAUUUCCUAAUAGAUAUGCAUCAUCAAUAGAUGCUCAGUUAGAGGAUGAGGAACAAUAUGCUGAUCAGCUGAAGGAGUAUAAUUCAUUUGGAGAUUCAGUCAGGUGUGUAGAUUAAAAAAAACCCAUAAAACAUGAAUGUUUUUUAAAGGAAAGCAGGUUAGCAUUUGCUCAAAUAGUUUUAAUUUGAUCACAUUGGCACAUGAAAAUUCAUCUUUUUUAUAGACUGGCCAAAGUUUAAGGGAGAUUUUAGACCCAAACUUAUAGCAUUUUUCAAAUUAUAGUUGGUAACUUAACAAGUUUGUCCAUUCUUCAAAAAGGGUUAUGUAAGAAAAAUCAUCUUAAAAUCAUAAGUGUUUCAUUUUUGUUUUGACUAUUAAUUUUUUACUUUAAGAUAUUGAUAGUUGACAAUCAUAUUACUGUGUGAAAGCAUUGGGGUUAGGGUAAGCAUACAUCUAUGUAAAGACAUUUAAUGUGUCACUGUUGUUCAGAGCUUAUUAGUUUUUGAUCAUAAAUAGUAAAACAGAUUAGCAAUAAUCAGAGAUAUUAUUUAUUUUUUUAACCCUAUUGCAGUUGUUGGCUCUUCUUGUCAAAAAAAGUCCUAACCAAAAGUUUUUUUUAACAUUCAGGUCUGUGUGCAGAAGAUACGAGUGUGCUCAAUAUGAUCUGGAAAAAGCAGAGGAUAAUCUUGCCACAAAGACUAAUCAAAGAGAUCUCUUGGUAAGGCUUUGGUAAAGAGUUUCUCUAGAAAGAAUUAUAUCUAAUCAAUAUACAUAUGGAUUAUGAAGAGACGGAAAAUGGCUGAUUAUUUUAAAUGAAAAGUGACAUAAAAUGGAUUACUGAUUACAUGCAGGGAUUAACUGAAAAACUUGUUUAAAUCAAGACAGAUAAUGCAUUAUUAUACUCAUUGGAUGUAAACAAGAAUUAUUUACAUCUUCCCAGUCCUUGUGGCUUUAAAUUUUAAAAAAAUUACAUCAAGUAAAGCUUUUAUUUGAAGGUUAAACUCAUCUUGUUUUCUACAAUUUUUAAGUAACAUGUUUAACAGUAAUAAAAAUCAGACCAGACUCAUGGUAAAUUUACUAAUUUUAAAGUUUGUGUACAGUUACUUAUCCCCCAAAAAAUAAUUAUAUAACCGAUCCACACUAAGGAAAUAUUUUUCUGAAACAGAUUUAAGAGUUAGUGAUUAAAAGAUUUGAGAUCUCGGAAUAAAAAUCUAAAGAAAUAUAAUUUGAAGUUCCAUCAAUAAUCAUAUGUAUGCCCACCAAGGCAAAAGGUUUAAACUUAUGAGAAAUACUAAAAUUAACAUUUGUAAAAUAUUUAUGAUCUAAAUCAAAAACUGCACACUGCUUUUAGUUUAUUUUCGUAGUCUGGCGACAUCUUUUUUUUUUCUUUAUCCAAUCAUGCUGCUAUAAAUAGAAACAGGCCAUGGCUGAAAGCCCUGUUUCGGAAGAGGUAAAGGUAGAUCAAUCCAGUCUGAGCACUGCAUCCUAUGGAGAGGAAAAAGGGGCUUUUUGUGCUGAAAAAAUUGAACAUAUGGCUCCUUUUAACUCUGAUGAUCUUUGAUGUUGUCCUAGUAGAAUGAAGACCAAUAUUUAUAUUUAUUUGAUUUUUAAUUUUUAAAGAACUACAGGUUGUUUUUUUUUAAUUAAAAAAAUAAUUAAAUAGCUAUUAUUGUAUAAUGGAGAAUCACUUUGAGUAAUGCAUUACUUUGGGGAUGAAGCAUGAUUUUCAAAUAAUAUUUAUUAUUAUUAUUAUUAAAAAUGCUAAGAUCAUAAUGUCAAUUAGAUAAAUUACUGCAACAGGGAGUGAGUGUUAAUGUUCAAUUUAAGUAUUUGGUUAUAAUUAAAUAUUAUAGGACACAUUUAACUCUUUUGCUGCUGAAUUUGUUUAUCAAAAAUAUUUUAAUUUUUAUAAGAGAGCAAAAAAGAGUGAGUGGUUGGGUUUAUUAAAAAUUAUUUAAAGUAUUAUUGUUUGGUUUAUAAGACUAAACUUGGUAUCACAUGAAAGAUAAUUGAAUGGACUAUAUGUUUGUAACCUGAUUCCUUCAGUUUAACUAAAAUAACAUAAGAGAACCAUAAAAUGUGAAAACAUGAUAUGCAAUUCCCUUUUUUCAUCAAACCCAAUGAUGUACACAUACCUCAUCUUCACUUCUAUAACUCAAAUCCUCUAAAACUAGUACUAUCAGAAUCAUGUGAUGGCUCUAAAAAAUUAAUCAUAUUCAUCAUCAGAAGAAAUAGUAUAAAACAAUUACAAAGCUUUUUGAGUUGUUAAUCGUCUAGGAAACUUACUCACCUGCUAGGGCCUAGGGUAGCAUCAGCAAUAGUAGAACAAAAUAGUGAAGAAAAUCAUUAAAAUAAUGCUUCAAAUGACAACAAAUAAAACUUGGUUUCGCGUAUAAACAAUGAAGUACCACUCUUCUAUAUGUAAAAGUCUUAUUUAAAAAUAGCUCUUAAAAAGUUUAACUGAGAAAGAGUAAAGAAAAAAACAUGUUAUUGAAAGAACUCUGAGCACGGCGGUCCAUGCUUUUUAGAACGGUGGAUGAACGCACUGCACCGCAGCUAAAGAGUUAAGAAAUCAAUUUCAUGGCAAGCAAGAGAGUUUUGUUUAAAAAAAUAAUUAUCCAACCAGUUUAAUGUGUAUCUCUUAGUGCUUAAUAGCUAAAGUAGAAAAUGGUUGAUAACAGAAUUUUUUAGUUAAAUUUCAGAAAUUUAUUUGUAGAAUUUCAGAAUUUAUUUAGGUUGCAUUUUUUUUUUAAUUGUUGAUUUAGACUACUAUGAAAAACUGUAAAAUUGCCUAAACCAGUCAGUACACUGCAUGCCAUUUGUGUUGUGGAUCAACACUCCAUGUUAGGUAGCAUUUCCAUGAAUGAUGUGAUUGAUUUAUACUGGUUGAUACUUUAAGAAAUUGAAAAUCUUUUAUUGUGUUUGGUUCACUUUUUAAUCAAUUCUUUUUUUUUUUCAAUGCAAGCAUGCUGAUAAAUUUAAUACGAGUUUUCCCUGAAUGAUAAGCAUUGCUUUUGAUAACCUUUUUAUGUAAUCUAUGACAUCUGGCACCUUCUGUGCAAUCGAUGUAUGCAGGAUUUUAUGACUGCAAUCUGAUAAAUGAUUUUUACAUUGGGGUUAUGAUCUUGUUUUAUAUAUAUAAUUAUAUUGAAGGAGGCAUUUUAAAAUCCCUUUUUCAUUUGUUUCUGAGUUGGCUAUUUAAUAAGACUGAAAAAUGUUAACAUAUAUAUUUUUUUGGCCUUGUUUGGAAUAAGAAACUUCAUCUAAAAGCUUGAUCACACUUAAUUAAUAUACCUUACUAAAGUAAUUUUUUUUUCUGGCAGUCUAUAAUCCUUGUUUUUAUUUUGUGAAGACAACAGGGCAGUUUGAAAUUAGUUUUCCCAGAAAUUAACUUGUAAAUAUAUUCAAACUUAUGUCCUGCCAAGUGUGGAGAACAAAAUCACAUUCUUUUCUACACGUGACUCAUGUUCAUUAUGAUUUAUGGCUGAUGCAAACAAGAUAAGAAAUAUACAAAUUUAAAUUUAAAAAAUUUUAAAUUUUAAAAACUCAGUUUUAUGAUAAUAUAUGACUUAGGCUCCAGAUAUGAAUAGACAGGGGCUCCAGCCAUGAACAGACUGGGGGCCCCAGCCAUGAAGAGACUGGAAGGAACUGGGGCUCCAGCUGACUUACGAUUUCUCUGAAAGUCAAAUCCACUUUGAAUAUUCUUGUAAUUAAGAUUAAAAUCAAACAAUAAUCAACAUGAAAUGUUUUCCAAACAGGCCAACAACCAAGCUAAAAGUGGUUUCUCACUGAGUGGCAUGAAAAGUAAAAUAUUUGGGAGUGAGACACCUGAGCAAAGGGAGGUAAAGCUAAAGCAGUUGGAAGAGCAAAUCGUUCAAGCAGAGGCAGAGGUUAAAAAAGUGCAGGAAGAAACUGAGUGAGUUGUCGGGGGGGGGGGGUGUUUGAUAACAUUUGUUUUUUGGAAUCGGCAAGGGAAAAAAAAAAAUCACAGAUUUUAAAUAUAAGAACAAAAAUUUAAAGAACAUUCUAAUCAUAAUUUGUUUUUAAAUUGUUUGUGAAAAUGGUUUAAUUUAAAAUUCUAGUUUUUUCUAAAAUGGGUCAUUAUCUUCAUGAUACAACAAUAUUUUAAAUAAAAGUUAUAUGCUGUGGUGAUUUGUCCAUUACAAGUUAAAUAAGGUGAAAUAAAAGUCUCAAAUAAACCUUAACCAUGAGAAUUUUUAAAGGAUUAUUGCAAAUAAUAUUGUCAUCACUCUCAAUCUUCAGCGCAGUUGAUCAAACAUUUUGUUCCUCAAUUGAAGCUGCUCUUUGUAUUAAAAUAAGUGUUUCAAUGAACUCCCCAUCCAGAAUAUUUGUAGAGCAAGCUUUGAGAGACAUUGACAGAUUCCAGAGACAAAAGACAAAAGAUUUGCAAGAAAUUUUCACCAACUAUGCUGUACUUCAGAUCAAACAGUGCAAAAAGG